AUGAGGCCAGAUUACAUGGGUUUCAUGUUCCUUACGAGCGGUGUAAUGUCGUUCAACGCGGGAAUCUGGCAACUGCAUCGCCGGCGGCAGAAGCGCCGUUUGAUGGAAAACCACAAGAAUAUCCGCAAACCUCCAGUAUAUGAACUUCCACCAGGAGAUGCCACCAUCGACGAGUUUGAAUUCCUCCCAGCCGCCUUCGAGGGCACAUUUGAUAACGAAGGCUCCAUGCUUGUGGGCCCGCGUGCUCUUCCGACUUAUAAGGGAGCCUCUUCAAACGAAGAGAGUAACGGGGGAUUUCUGGUGGUGACGCCUUUUGAGAUUGCCCACACCGGUCAGUUCAUAAUGGUGAACCGUGGCUGGGUUCCCAUAGACGCCGGAAAGCACAGGACUCUCCUCAUGCAGUACGUUGGCGAGGGUUUCACACCGGGUUCAGUGCGUGGCAUAUUCCGGCGUGAGGAAUACAUGUCUGCUUCACUAAUUUGGGGACCGAAUAAAGACAAUGAGGGCCCCGUUGCCGCGGAUUUAUCGUGGCUGGUCAUGCGCCCAUGGAACAUGGCGGUCCACUACUACAAGCGCAGGUGGGGACCUGAUCGUGCAGAGGAGUCGGUAGAAAAGCACGGUGCGCGGCAUUACUACUUGGAAAUGAUUGAGGACUAUUCGGGAGAUGACCAGCGAAUGGUGCGCGGCCACCCGUGGCCAUGGCGACGCAGCGUAGAUGAAAUAACUUACGUCCACUUACCCCCUUCUGUGCAUACCAUGUACAUUUUCUUCUGGUUCUCUGUUACUCUGGGGUCUCUCUACGGUAUGGGUAAAUGCUACAAACGACAGAAGGAACUCUUUGCGCUGCGCAGGCAAAUGACUGCACAGACAACACUGCUGGAACGGAAACGACAAGAGGAAGCGAAAAUGUACAUGGAGGCAAUGAAGGAGGUGGAGCGGUUGAAGAAGUUGGGAACUGUCGCGGCACCGCGAAUUGGGUCACAACCAACUGAACAACAGAAGUCAGAUGAAAAGUCUCCCGCCUCAGGGGAGAAGUCGUAA